AUGUUUGAUCCGGAGCCAAGCUUGGAAGCUGAAACUGAGGUCUUGCAGGCCUUCAAGGAUGCCAUUUCAAAUGACCCUUUAGGAUUACUUGCUAAUUGGACUGAUGCAAGCCAUCACUGCAACUGGUCUGGUGUUGCCUGUGACUCUUCCUCAAAUCGAGUCAUCUCCAUUUCUCUAGCUGGUUGGAAGCUUCUAGGCCAGAUAUCUCCAUUUCUUGGAAACCUCUCAGCUCUUCAGGUUCUUGAUUUAUCUUCAAAUUCAUUCGCUGGGCACAUUCCACCUCAGCUGGGACUUUGCUCCCAGCUAACAGAUCUUUCUUUUUAUCAAAAUUCUCUUUCAGGUUCAAUUCCAGCAGAACUAUUCCAUCUUCCAAAUCUGCUUUUAGUAGAUUUAGGAGACAAUUCCUUGAAUGGAAUUAUUCCUGAAAGCUUUUGUAACUGCACCUCCCUGCAAGAAUUUGGUGUCGAUUUUAACAAUCUCACUAGCACAAUACCCAGAGCAAUAGGGAAAUUGCUGAAUUCAAACCGCUUGUCUGGAGUAAUACCUAGAAACAUAGGAAACUUGUCCAACUUAGAGUACCUUUUAUUGUUUGGAAACUCCCUUGUUGGAGAAAUUCCUUAUGAACUAGGUCGUUGCAAGAAGCUUGCCCAUCUUGAACUAUACAACAACAAGCUUAGUGGAGCCAUUCCCUCUGAGCUUGGAAGCGUGAUCCACUUAGAAACAUUACGUUUGUACAAAAAUAGGCUAAAUUCCACCAUUCCUCCUUCCUUAUUCAAGUUGACUUCAUUGACCCAUUUGGGUCUCUCAGAGAAUCAGUUAACAGGAACACUACCUCAAGAGAUAGGGUCUCUGAGGUCAAUGCAAGUGCUGACACUUCAUUCAAACAAGUUUACAGGGGAGAUUCCUUCACCUGUAACAUACCUGUCAAACUUAACGUACCUGUCUUUGGGCUUCAAUUUCCUCACAGGGAAGCUUCCAUCAAAUAUAGGAAUGCUUUACAAUUUGAGGAACCUUAGCCUGAACAAUAACCUUCUUCAGGGAUCCAUUCCCUCUAGCAUCUCCAAUUGUACCCAACUUCUGAACUUAGGUUUAUCUUAUAAUAGAACUACUGGGAAACUUCCCUGGGAUUUGGGGCAGUUGCAUAACUUAACGAGACUUUCUCUUGGUCCACAUCAAAUGUUUGGGGAAGUACCUGAUAGCGGUUGUCGAAGCCGAAUUGGAAAGCUUUAUAAUCUCUGGACUCUCAAAGCUGGGUUCAAUUCUUUCACAGGGAAAAUUCCACCAGAGAUUGGCAAUUUAAGUCAACUGAUUACUUUAUCACUUUCUGGAAAUUUGUUCUCUGGUCCCAUUCCACCAUCAUUAUCCAAGCUUUCUUCCAUCCAAGGGCUUGGCUUGCACACCAAUGCUCUCAAGGGUGCAAUACCAGAGAAUAUUUCUGAACUAAAACAUUUAACUGUUCUCAUGCUGGGGCUUAACAGGCUAACAGGUCCAAUUCCAGAUGCUGUCUCAAAACUUGAAAUGCUUUCGUCCUUGGACCUGCAUGGAAACAUGCUAAAUGGGUCCAUUCCUACAAGUAUGGGGGCUCUUCAUCAACUGAUGUCUCUUGAUAUCUCUCACAAUCAUCUCACAGGUUCAAUUCCUGGAUCUAUGGUUUCCAGAAUGAAAAGUAUGCAGGUUUUUCUCAACUUGUCAUACAAUUUAUUGGGGGGAAGUAUUCCAGUUGAGCUAGGAAUGCUGGAAGCAAUACAAGCCAUUGAUCUUUCAGACAACAAUCUGUCAGGAAUCAUUCCUGCAACACUUGGUGGCUGCAGAAAUUUGUUCUCUCUUGAUCUGUCGGGUAACAAACUCUCCGGUCCAAUUCCAGCUAAACCUUUCAGUCAGCUCACUGUGCUUUCGAGCAUGAACCUUUCUAGAAAUGAGUUAGAUGGUCAAAUUCCGGAAAGUUUGGCAGAGCUGAAGCAUCUAACAGCCCUAGACAUUUCUCAGAACCAGCUGAAGGGCAAAAUACCUGGGAGCUUUGCCAAUCUUCCCUCAUUGAAACAACUCAAUUUGUCUUUUAAUCAACUUGAAGGUCAAGUUCCUGAGACUGGCAUAUUCAAAAACAUAAAUGCUUCUAGUUUGAUUGGAAACCAUGGCCUCUGCGGAUCCUCUUUUGGGCCAUGCAGCAAGAGAAGUUCAGAUUCUUUUUCCAAGAAGACAAUAUGGAUUCUGAUAUCACUUGGAGUACUUUUCGCACUUCUCUUCUUGGCGGUAAUGAUUACAAUGAUCCUCCAAUGUGCCAAAAAGCCUAAAACAGAUUGUGUUGAAAAUGCAGAACCAGAAUUCACUUCAGCAUUGAAACUUAUAAGAUUUGAGCCGAUGGAAUUAGAAAAUGCCACUAGUUUCUUCAGCGAAGAUAAGCUAAUCGGUGCCAGCAGUUUGAGCACUGUUUACAAGGCUCAACUAGCGGAUGGACAGAUUGUAGUUGUAAAAAAACUGAAUUUGCAUCAGUUCCCUGCAGAAUCUGACAAGAGCUUCUAUAGAGAAGUUAAAACACUGAGCCAGUUGAGACACAAGAAUUUGGUUAAGGUACUUGGUUAUGCCUGGGAGAGCACCAAACUAAGGGCUUUAGUUCUAGAAUACAUGAACAAUGGCAGCUUGGAGAGCAUCAUCCAUGACCCUAAAGUUAAUCAAUCAAGGUGGAUAUUGUCUGAAAGAAUCAAUGUCUGUAUUUCAAUUGCAAGCGCAUUGGAUUAUUUGCAUUCUUGCUACCAUUUCCCCAUUGUCCACUGUGACUUGAAACCCUCUAAUAUUCUGCUGGACAGCAAUUGGGUAGCCCAUGUGAGUGACUUUGGAACAGCUCGCAUGCUUGGUCUUCAUCUCCAGGAUGGAUGUAGCCUUUCAUCAUCAUCAGCUUUUCAAGGCACCAUAGGCUACUUGGCCCCAGAAUUUGCAUACAUGAGGAAGGUAACAACAAAAGUAGAUGUUUUCAGUUUUGGGAUUAUACUAAUGGAGUUUCUAACAAAACGAAGGCCAACCCAGUUGACAGAAGAGGAUGGAGUGCCGAUCAGUCUGAGUCAGGUAAUUGAGAAAGCUCUUGGGAAUGGCAUCAAUGGACUUCUUCAAGUUUUAGACCCCAUUAUUGCCAUGAAUAUUUCCAAGGAGGAAGAAACUAUGGUAGAGCUCUUUAAUCUUGCCUUGUCAUGUACGAAUCCAAAUCCUGACGAUCGACCUAACAUGAAUGAGGUGUUGUCUUCCCUCGAGAAGCUAAGGAGGCAAAGCCAAAUCCCAAAUUGCAAACGAAGUAGAUGA